AUGCCUCAAACGCGUGAAAUUUCUGUGAACAACGCUGAAGAAAUGAGAUAUGAGCUUAAAGACCUUGAGUCUCGAGUUCGCGAUGCAAAGACUCCAUCAACAAACGAAUUCUAUGAAGAUGUAGAAUCGCAUGGAACAGAAGAAUUGUUCGAGACUAAACUGUCAAUUCUAAACAGAAUUGCUGCCGGCUUAAGUGCUGAAACAAAAGGUAUUGAACCAAUUACUGAUGAAGAAAAAACAGACGAUUCUAUUCUGAACGCUGCAUCUAUGUGGUUUUCGGCUAAUAUGGUAUUGCCUGCCUACGCUAUUGGUGCCCUGGGGCCCAUGGUAUUUGACCUAAAUUUCGGCCAAAGUGUUUUGAUUAUAAUUUUCUUCAACCUCUUGGGAUUGAUAUCUGUUGCGUUCUUUUCUGUUUUUGGCGCAGAACUAGGGCUAAGACAGAUGAUAUUGUCCAGAUAUCUGGUAGGUAAUGUCGCAGCUAGAAUCUUCUCUUUCAUCAAUUUUAUUGCUUGUAUAGGUUGGGGUAUUGUCAAUACUGUAGCAAGCUCGCAAGUACUAAAUAUGGUUAACCCUGGACACCAAUGUCCUCUCUGGGCUGGUUGCCUAGUGAUUAUCGGUGCUACUGUGAUCGUAACCUUUUUCGGUUACGGAGUCAUUCAUUCUUACGAGAAAUGGGCAUGGGUACCUAACUUUGCCGUCUUUUUGGUUAUUAUUGCUCGUCUCGCAAAGUCCAAAAAAUUUGUCCUUGGUGAAUGGACAUCUGGUCCUACUACCGCUGGUAAUGUGCUUUCCUUUGGUUCAACAAUUUAUGGAUUUGCUGCAGGCUGGACGACAUAUGCCGCUGAUUAUACCGUUUACAUGCCAAGGAAAACGAAUAAAUACAAAAUCUUCUUCUCACUUGUAGUGGGUUUGGCAACACCAUUAUUCUUCACUAUGAUUCUCGGUGCUGCUGUGGCAAUGGCAGCUAUCGGUGACCCAGUCUGGAAGGCAUACUACGAUCAAAACUCCAUUGGUGGUUUAACAUUUGCUGUUCUCGUUCCUAAUUCUGUCCAUGGCUUCGGUCAGUUCUGUUGUGUGUUGUUAUCUUUGUCCACUAUAGCUAAUAAUGUUCCCAAUAUGUACACUAUUGCUUUAUCAGUGCAAGCUACCUGGGAACCUCUUGCAAAAGUACCAAGGGUGGUUUGGACUCUAUUAGGCAAUGCGGCUGCGCUGGGUAUUGCCAUUCCUGCCUGCUACUAUUUUUCUACUUUCAUGAAUUACUUUAUGGAUUCAAUCGGUUACUAUUUGUCUAUUUAUAUUGCCAUCGCAUGUUCAGAGCACUUCUUCUACAGACGUUCGUUCAAUGCUUACAACGUUGAUGACUGGGAUAAUUGGCAACGACUGCCUAUUGGCAUUGCGGGUACCUCUGCCUUAAUUGUAGGAGCCUUCGGUGUUGCGUUGGGAAUGUGCCAAACUUAUUGGGUUGGUGAAAUUGGACGUCUAAUCGGUGAUUACGGUGGUGAUAUUGGGUUUGAGUUAGGGUUAAGUUGGGCAUUUAUUGUUUACAAUAUUGCUAGACCUUUAGAGCUUAAAUACUUUGGCCGUUGA